AUGCCCUCAAUUGAUGCUGAUACGCCCCUUCCCUCAACUGAGGGUAUCGCGGAAACCAACUCCAGUCCACCUUCCAACAGACACCGCACUCCUUCAGUCUCUCUUACCCCUCCUGGCGGGGCCAGGGAAGAGUCUCAUGGGCUCACAUCUGCUAUCAACAACAUCCGUCUCUCCGACACAAAUGGACACGCAUCUCUCUCCCCAGAACCGAGACGUUCUAGAAAUGGCACACCACGAAGACGGCGCUCAAGCACUGGAGCUGUUCAGCAGCAUGAUGUCGCCGAUGAAGAACUCCCUGAUGAUGCAUUCCAUUCCCCAGAAUUCCAAGGGGCUUUUCGAGAUGCAAAGCAGCUAAUGUCCAACAUUCAAUCUGUGCUUGGAAGCUCUAACAUCCACGAAGGGUCCGAGUCAACCAUGCGAAACCUACACGAAGAGGCUGGUAAGCUCGCUGCGUUUGAGUACCCAGCAACUCGUACCGUUGGAUUCGUCGGAGAUUCUGGAGUUGGGAAAAGUAGUCUGCUCAAUUCACUCCUCGACACAAAGGGACUUGCCAGGACUAGCAACAAUGGAGAAGCCUGCACAUGCGUUGUGACAGAGUACCAUUAUCACAAUCGCGACACGCUUGACAUCCGAGUCAAUCUGUUCUCGAUGGAGGAACUCCAAGAUCAACUCGGUAGACUGCUUCAGGUUUAUCGCACGUUUGAACUUCAUCAGGAUGAGAUUACUGAUGCCGCUGAGCGUCAAGACAUGGAGGCAAAUGCCAAAGUGGCCAAGGAUACGUUUCAAGCCAUGUUUCGUGGCCGACUGACUGAUGAGGCAUUCCUGAUUCAUCUACCCGGCCUUCGCGACCUCAACUCUGCUCGAAGGAUCAUCACCGAACGCUAUCUCCUGGAGUGCAACGAGAUCUUUGCAAUCUGCAACAUUGGGCGUGCGGCUACUGACGAGGGCGUUCAUCAGGUUUUUGACUUGGCUGACCGUGCUCGUCUGUCGAAUGUCGGCAUUGUCUGUACUAGAUCUGAUGACAUCGACCCUGAAGAGUCAAUCCGAGACUGGCCAGGCAGAAGGGCAAGGCAUAUUGAGCAGCUGUUGGAGCAUAUCGAAGGGAUCACCAAAGAGAUAGAGGAAUUGCAAGCAGAUAUUGAAGACUUUGGGGCGAGUGACCUAUCCGAGCAAGAAAGACAGGAAUUUGCAGAAUGCUUGGAAGAACAACGACAAGCAAGCAUACGAAAACAGAACUACGAGUUUGAACUCAAACAAUAUCUGAUCACAACCCGUAAUCAGGUCAUCACCGACUCACUCAACACCACCUACGCCGGCCGCGUGACACCCUCCAGAGUCUUUUGCGUGAGCAACACAAUCUACUGGCAAAACAGAACUGUCAAAAAGUCAGAGGCCAAACGACAUCUCGACCUCAGUGGCAUCCUGCAAGUCCGAAAACAUUGCAUCUCGAUUGUCGCAAACAGCCAACGACGCAUCGCUACGCAAUACAUGAAAGACCAGAUCCCUGCGUUGCUUGCAGACAUUGAGCUAUGGGUCCAAUCUGGAGCCCGCACUGCGAGUGAAGAACGUCGUGAGGCGCUCUGCCAAACUCUCGAUAGUGUUGAGCGUCGUCUGAGGAAGGACUUUGCAUCGCGCGCUUUUAGUCGUCUAGCAAGAGGAUACAACGAAGACUUUGCGGAAUACGUUUGGAACAGUGAGUACCUCGGUUCUGUUGGAAUGACGCUGACCUUUAGAUCGACAUGUUUCUUCAUGGAGCCGGUCAGCCAAAAGUGCAAGCCAAGACUGGGCAGGGGUUCUUAUUCCGCAUUCUGUCGAAACUUUGGGGACUAUUGCACCCCCGCAAUCGGAUCACGAAAUUGGAACGAAGAGGCUAUGGAUGAUAUGGUUACUGAUCUUGAAGGGCCUUGGGAGGGGAUGUGUGGAACUAUACAGGAGAGGCAGUCGAGUAUGCUUGAGAAUGCAGACGAGUUUGCAGAUGUGGCUAUUGAGAGGCUUGAAAAGCAUGAUUCUGUCGAUUCCUUGACUCGAGCUCUUGAAAACCGUCAGAGCAUAUUCCUGGCUGCUAUUGAAAAGGUCAAUGAUGACUUUGACAACAGUCUCAGGAUCCUCCGCAUCGAAUCCCUCUCCGCCCUUCGAAGUUCACUCUUCGGAAAAGCGAUGGAACCAUUCUACAACAAAUGCAAUGCCGAGUUCGGCCGUGGAAGUGAUGCCCGUCGAAAGGCAAUCAUCAGAGGAGCAUUGAGCGACGAAGAUUUGUUCCAAAAACUCAUGAGAAGUCUCAAAGAUAGUUUCAAGGCCAAUUCAGAGGCCACUCAGGUGAAGAUACAGGAAGCGAUCGUGGAGUAUCUUCGCGUUAUUGAGCAACGGUUCGACCUUGUGCGGAGUGAGAAUGUCGCUCGGGAAAGCGAGCAGGAUCCAGACUUUCGACUUCGCGUUGAGCAAGUUGCGCGAGCUGGAAGAGAGACUAUGCAGAGGGUUCAUCAAGUUAUCUGA